AAGCCGAGAGGUGGGACCGGGUACCAGUCUAGUCGGCUGUCGUACCGCACGUCUUCUCAAUUUUUGAUUAUCUGAAAUUUUAAACGUUGUAUAUACGUACAUGUUCAAAAUCCAUGUAGUUUUGCAGGUUUCUCAAUAGUAUGUGAUGGUCCGAUUUAAGAACAGAUAUUUUGUCCUAGAAAUUGUCCACCCACUGCACGCCAGUACACAUCGUAGUGUACAGGAGCAGAAGCUUACAAGUCAAGAAGUCUACCAUUCACUGAAAGAGGAAGUGCAUAAAAGUCAUGGAGACUAUGGCUCUGCAGCAUUUAGCAUAUCCUGCAAUGUGAAGUAUUUAAACCCCUAUACCAAUACCAUCUUUGUUCGGAUAAGGAGAGGACCACAUAGGUUUUUAGCCACAACCCUUCCAUUUAUCAAAAAAAUUGGUAAACAGGAUAAUAUAUUCCUAAAUACCCUUUAUGUAGGAGCAACUGUACGAAACUGUCACAAAUUCUUGCGAAACCACAACAGGCAACAACUAGCAGUUCUUCUGAAGAAAAUCACACACCCUGAGGAGAGAAAGAAGUUACAAACAUCUCUACUAAGAGCAUGUGUGCUUGAAAACGUGGAAACGUGGAACACCCAAACGCCCAUGCAAUGAGAAAAAUAGAAAUUCUGAAGAACUAUACUGAAAACAAUGCCACUCGCUAUUAUAUUAGCUGGAAUAUAAACUGAAAAAUAAGCAGUACUUUAAAGUGAAAAUGGCUGC